UACGCGCGCAUGUGUGAGUGAGCGAGUACGACCGUCAGCCGACAAAGUUAGUCGAGAGAGGGUGGCACCAGAAGGCAGGCCAGUCGGAGACGGUGCGUGUGGUCGUCGGUGCGCGUCGUCGCUCUCGUUGUGUGCUGCGAUAGUUGCUGCUGUUAUUUCGUAUUUCGUAUAUACACUGAGAGGUGCGGUGCAGCACAACUGUUUUGACGAAAAUGUCGCGAAUGGAGAAGGAACGAACCAAGCAGAUCCAAGACAAAUGUCAGCUGCUGCUCACCCAGAUGCUACGCGACGAGGACAACAAAUACUGUGUCGAUUGCGAUGCCAAAGGACCAAGAUGGGCCAGUUGGAAUCUAGGUAUAUUUCUGUGCAUAAGAUGCGCGGGAAUACACAGAAACCUGGGCGUUCACAUAAGCAAAGUCAAGUCUGUCAAUUUAGACUCUUGGACUCCAGAGCAAGUUGUGAGCUUACAACAGAUGGGAAAUUCCCGAGCAAGGGCAGUAUACGAAGCUAAUCUUCCAGACAGCUUUCGAAGACCACAAACAGAUUGCAGUUUGGAGAGUUUCAUCAGAGCAAAGUACGAGCAUAAGAAAUACAUUGCCAGAGAAUGGGUUCCUCCACCACUGCCAAAGGUGGUAAACUGGGAUAAAGAGCUGGAUGAAGAGGCAGAACGACAGCGUCGACGUAAAAAAGAAGGUCAGAAACCUACCACAACUCAAAACGCAUUACCCCCUGUCAAGAAACCAGAAGUAGUGCCUCAAUUGCCGAAACCAAGAAGUUCCGUCAGUCCAAAGCCUAACAGAACUGUAACUACAAAUUCGGCUACAUUAGACUUACUCGGACUAGAUGGCCCAGAAAAUCAAGGAAGCACGAACGGUUCGUCGUCCGGGGAUGACAUGUUCACGUCCUUUCUGUCGGCGCCACCUGCUGCUGGCGCGCCUGUGACGAAUGGCUCGCCUGCGGAAACUAACAGUACAAAUAGCAAGUCAGAAGAAGAAAGCUUCUUCAAUCAGCCAGCUCCGACUCCGCAAGAAAAAAGUAAGAUGACCAAGGACAGUAUUUUAGCUUUGUACGGUACGCAGCCCAGCCAGCCCUUCGGAGGCAACAUGUUCAAUCAACAAUUAUCUACGCAGCAGCAGUUGCCUACCCAACAGCAAUUUCAACAGCAAAUGACGAAUGCGUUCAAUCAGCCUAUGAAUUUUCAAUCGCAGAUCGGCAUGUCAGGAUUAAAUCAAAUGAACGUUGCAUCCAGUCAAAUGUUUAUGAAUCCUAAUCAACCGAGUACCGUCCAGAGUAAUUCGAUAACCAGCAACGCAAUGACUAUGCAAGCUCAAAUGAUGGGUCUAGGCGUUAAUAAUGGGUGGAGUGGAAUGAUUGCUACGAAAAAUUUACAGCCAGCCCCGGGUAGUAAUCCUUUCCUCAAUUUGAGCACUCAACAGCCGAUGGCUCAACCUUUCGCUCAGCUGCCUCAACAAAUGUCGCAGAUGUCACUUAGUGGAAUGGGUUUCACCGCUCAACCUGGAAAACCGGCUGCAUCACCGAUGCCAGGUCAAACACUCUCAACAAACUUGUGGCAGUAACAGUUUUUGGAUUUGGUGUGAUCGUUUGGUGUUUUUACGCUAGUAUUGGCUGGUUUGGUUGUUUAAUAGUUUCGAGUGUCGUGUAAAGAGAGCAAACAAGGUUUGCUACACAAAAAAAACAAGAGAAUUAUUAUCAAACUCUUUGUGAGUGAUGAAAAAUCGGCGCAUGUACAAGUGUCGCUAUCACACAAAAAUACGUAAAAAAGAGUAAAGCAAAUUCGUUAUGACUGAAAAUUUUGCAAUAUUAUUGUCGUUAUAUUGCAAACGAAAGCAAUUCGCGAUACAGUAUGUUUGCUCCGUAGGUGAACUUCGUUUUUUGUUCGACGCAAUUAUUAUUUCUUAUAUUAGCAAUGUGGACUAAGUACUUGUCGAUGCAUCGAUAUAGGAAAUUGUGUGAUAUGUAUUGCGACACUUGGCCGCAGAUUUAAAAAGAAACGUGUAAGAUGUAAAUUUAUUGUCGCAUAUGAUAGAUAAACAGUUUUUUCAAUGACGUGAAAAAUAAAAUACAACGUGAGUGUUGAUUUCCAAUCACCAACCGUUGCGUUAAAGAAGCUCACAUGUAACCCGUACAAAACAUCGAACGACCAUUUUAAGGACAUGCAACUUAAUAUUAGUUACUCAUUUUUUAUUGAGGACAGCGGUAUUAUGCAUAUGAAUAGUUAUAAUAUAUACAUUUAAACUGUGUGUUCUGACUGUUUACUUGAGAAUCAAACAAGAAAAAAAUGCAUCACAAUGAUAUUAGAUUUUUAUCAUCUGUAAUAUCGUUAUGUACUAUAAGGGUAAAUUGUAAAUUAUUUCUAAAAAGUGGAUAAUAUCGUCGCUUUUUAUGCAUGAUGCAGACAAACAAGUCUCAGUAGUAACUAGAAAAUUUUUUUAGCUUUCAUUCAAGAUUUUUAAUGUUUCCAUCGAUACAUUCAUGGUGCUACGUUCUAAAACUACGAAAAAAGUUGUUUAUUCGUUUAUGGCGAAAUGCAAACAACGUUAAAAUUCAUGUAUAAACUUAAAAUUGCUGAUAGAAUACAAUCAACAUUGAUUACAUAAUAAACAAAAAACUGUAAGUAUUGAAAAGAGUAUAUGAACAGCUUUCAACGAAUGAACUUCAAUUAAUUUUUAAACAUUUCCUUCAUUCCACGCAAACCAUGUUCAUUUCAAUUUAUUGUAUAAUAUAAAGUAACUUAGAUUUAUAAUUAUGCAAAAGUUUCUGUUAUUCCAUAAAUAUUUUACUCGCACCCUCUUAAUAAUUAUUGAAGAACUCGUGCAAGAGUGUAUAUAGCAUUCGUAAAUAAUAUUUUCAGGAUAAAAAUCAAUUGAGAUUUACGUCAUUGUUAUUGUCAUGUUUUUCAUAUCAAAUUUGAGUCAGAAAUUAAAUUAACUUAAUAAAUAAGUAUAUAUAUGAAGUUUAGAUGCUCUAUGCACCUUAUUUUUUUCAAUGAAAGUAUUUUGUGUUAAUGAAACAAUAAAAAAUGGUAGUGUACUAAGUACGUUGAAUAUCCCAUGAAUAUGUGACAAAGAAAUUGGUACACCAUAAGAAGGGUUCGUUACACCUGUUUCAUUUAAAGCAUAUGGCGAUUCGAGAAGGUGACGGUCACAACCAACCAAACCAUUACCAAGUAUAAGUAACUACAGUUCCGUAUCGCUCAAUUCAAUAACAUAAAGGUACGGACUAUCACAGAC